UUAAUAAGUUUGCAGCUCGGUUUACACGCUUAUUAACCUUGCAAGAAGUUUCUCUUGGUCAAUUUCAGGCCAAUGACAAAUCAGGUAAUUUAGUUUACUGACCAUCUAAUCUAUCCUUUCUUCGUAACUGCUUUGAAUGUUGUGAUAUAUGAUGUAACACAAUUUACAGAUGCUGAAGAUGUUAAGUUCUGUCGUUAUAAAUUAAUACUAGAAAUACGUUAUUGCAAAAAUCUCGCGAAGCUAAAAAGGGUCAGCAGUAGGAAAAGAUGGAAACAAACCAAAGGGUAAAAAUGCGAUGAAAGAAAAAAAAAGCGAAAAAAACCCCUGCUAAUUCCACUGUCGGGAUUUGAACCUUCACCCCGGCCCAACUUCUUCCAGCGGAAAAAGUGAGGCCUCAGACCACUUGGCCAUGCGGCUGCUAUGAAAUUACUAUCCUCUGCCAUUCACACUGUUUGAAUCUUGUGGCACCGUAUUUAUCAUGAAUUCAAAGAUACAAUUGAGGAAAAAUAGCUUAACAAAUAUUUCAAAGUCAUUUUGCAUAAUAUUUCCAUGUUUAUUCACUCUGGGGCUUUAUAACAGCCACUCAAUAUACAGGAAAAAAUAACGGAUUCCCAUUUUUGGAUAUUUUUGGGUAUUUAAAGAAUACCCAUAAAAAUCCCAAAUUUGGCAAAGUGAGACAAGUCCCAACCAGGGAAUUCCCAACCAAGUUCCCAGAUUGGGACUCUUCUCACUCUUCCAAAUUUGGGAUUUUUGAGGGUAUUCUUUAAAUACCCAAAAAUAUCCAAAAAUGGGAAUCCGUUAUUUUUUCUUGUGAAUGAAUGCACUCGUCAUCACUGCUCUCGCUGAAGUUCAGGUUGCCAUUCUUUUGGUAUCUUCCACAGCAAGGAUUUCCAGCCACUUGUCGAAUCAGGCACUGUGUUUGCAACCCGCUGUUGUUUGCCUCAGAAAUACUUUGCGAUUCGCCAACUUACAUCUGUACAGUACGUAAACGGCUAGGGGAUGAAUAAAAUUAGCCCUAGUUGGUGGCUAACCAGUUGUGUUGCUUGGAAACCCAAAAUGCACGAUGACAUCAUGCUGAAUGGCGUCUUUUAUAGUUUGUUUAUGGUUUGUUGCUAGGCAACUGCGGAUACCAAAUUGAUAGAAAGAAAGAUUUAUGACCAAAAUGAAAUCACACUUUGCUUGUGAUCCUCACACACAACAAAAUUAUAAACUCGCUUUGCUCACGGCGUAACGGCCGCUCACUCUGAGAGAAUAAUAGUCUGCUAUCACAGCCAGUUUUACACUGCUUCCCACAAACUUUUGGAGAGGAGGUAUUAUUAAGAAUUUUUUUACAGGAAUUCCUAAAAAAUAAUUUUUUGAAUUAAGGCCCAGUUCAGAUGCCGAACUUUUCAUGAGCUGAACCUAAUACAUUGAAUUAAGUACAUGAAAAGUUCAGCGUCUGAAUCAAUAAUAAUUAUUGAUUCAGAUGCCGAACACCUGGUUAAAACAGCUCAGCGUUCUUUUUGCCUAGAUAUAGCCCAGCCGGAAAUUUUGCCUUUAGAGCGGCUUUGGAACGGCUUUGAUUCAGAUGCUGAACUUUUCAUGUACCAAACCUAAUGCAUAAAUUAUUGUAACAAUUAUUUUGUAAGCAAAUUGAAUGAAAUGAGCAUUUUUCACCUUUUGAACUUGGUUCAGCUGCAAUUAAGAUCGGCGUCUGAAUCAAUUCAGCUGGUCCAAAUAAUCUGGGUUGGCCUUAAUUCAAAUUAGGUUCGGCUCAUGAAAAGUUUGGCAUCUAAACCGGGCCUAAUGCAUAAUAAUUGAACUCAUUAUUUAAUCAUACUGCUUUUCAGGUUUUUGGGUUCAACUCAGAAAUAUUAUGAGGUUUUAUGUGGCUGCUUUUUUAGCCAGUCAAUGACACAUAGGUUUGUGCGGCAAACAGGGUCAUGUCAUCACGUUCCAAAGACUAUGACAUCUCUUACAAAGUGCUGCUCAUUGGAGAAUCUGGUGUUGGCAAAACCUCCCUGAUCAAAAGUUAUUCUAAACCAAAUGAAACUUUUACUCCAUCCCUUUUGUCUACUGUUGGUAAGUGCAAGGUUUCUUCUGACUCCUUAUAAAACCAGGAACCGUAAAGUACGUGUAUUUGCAUCCUGUACCUGUGACAAAAAUGUGCUGCAUUAAAUGAUACCUUCUCAGCAACAGGUUUUGAAAGGUGAAGAUUAUAAACAAUUAUUGGAUAAUGUUUUUGUGAUAUCCAGAAUAAUCAAGGUUGGGGUAAGUGUUAUCAGCCCAGCCAAAGGCCAAGGCAGAAACCAUUUACCAAGAUUUUGAUUAUUAAGGAUAUCACAGAAACCGAUUUCUUUGAAAUGAGAAAAUAACAACAAACACAUUGUCACAAGGAACUGAAUUGACAAUGGUUUUGAAAAUCGUGCAUUAUUAUAUUUUGCACAUGCAUGCAAACUACAGAUUAGUCAGUCAUCUGCUAGCAGAUAAGGAUCAUAACAAACUUAUCUUAGGUUGUGCUAUCUCCAAAAUCAACUGUAGACUCUUAGCCAAUGAGAAAACAGAUAGUAAGUGCAAUUUAUAAUAUUGAUAUGAAUAACAUACAUGUACCGGUAGAUUUUCCUGCCCAAGUUUCCAGUGAAAAGAGUCAGUGACCCAGCUGGGAUUGGCCCCCUUUCUGUUAUAAGCAGGUACAGUGUUGCCAAGCUGUGCAUUUUCUUGUUAUCCUUCUUCAAGUGUGAAAAUUUCCCCAACAUUAACAUGUCCAGACACUAUAGAGCCAUAUACAGAGUGUAUACUCUCCUAAUGCAUCUAAUCUCCUAAGAGGUCAAAAUCUCUCCAUCUUCUGUUUAGGACUGUUCUUCUAACUUUUUAUGUUAGUGUGGCUAGAGAAAAGAAAGGGGGCUAUUUUGCUUGUUUUGCACAGGUUUUAUGAUACCCUAUUGAUGAAAACUUUCCAUAAGCAGACACCUUCUAUAAGAGACAUCUUACUGCGGCCUAUCAAUUUUACCAAGAACACUGCAUUUUUAAUCUUUCAUGAGCAGAAAACUCUUGUAAGCAGUCACAGAUGCCAUUUUCAAGUUCAUUUGAGCAUACAAUAAAACAAAUCCAGACAAAAAUCCAGUGCAACUCUUGAAGGAUGUACUUUAAAUGGUUGUGCCAGUGUAGUUCUGUCAUUAUAGACAGUGUACCUCAAAAGUUAACAGUAAAUCAGACCUUUUAUCUUGUCUCCUCGUAGUGCUUGAUAUUUAAUAACAUUACUUAUCAUUAGGGGACUCCCUUCAUUUAAAAGUGUGCACCUGUGCCUGGUCCCAAGAAUAUCUGUUGUAGGCAAAAUAAAUGUUCUCAGGUUAAAUACCACGCAAUCUUGAUUCAGAACUUUCUUUGUUUCCUAGUCAUAAUCAUUCAUAGGAGACAAAAGAAACUAAGAUAAGUAUAUAAGAUAAGAAGAUAGGAUUAGCUUUAUUUAGUCAUGCUAGCCUAAACCAACAUAAGCUGGUUCCAUUAACCCAAAACAUAUCUGACUAUUGAUAGGAGGUUAGGUUCAAAUAAGAAAAAAAUUGAACCAUUCAAUGGAAGGCCAAAGAGCUUUUACUUACAUAGUUGUAAACAGUUACUUUUUGUUAAGGAAAACUUGAAUAAACUGUCACACUCUUAGCUAAAAACUAAAACUAAAACUAAACAAAAAGUAUUUUCAGGGAUUGAUUUUGCCAAUGUCAUAACCAUUGUGGAUGGAGUGCGGGUCCGAUUACAGAUAUGGUAGGUACAUCUCUGUUGUGUUAGGUUAUUGCAAAUACUCAUUUUGCAUAAUAUUUCCAUGUUUAUUCACUCUGGGGCUUUAUAACAGCCACUCAAUGAAUGCACUCAUCAUCACUGCUCUCGCUGAAGUUCAGGUUGCCAUUCUUUUGGUAUCUUCCACAGCAAGAAUUUCCAGCCACUUGUCGAAUCAGGCACUGUGUUUGCAGCCCGCUGUUGUUUGCCUCAGAAAUACUUUGCGAUUCGCCAACUUACAGCUGUACCGUACGUAAACAGCUAGAGGAUGAAUAAAAUUAGCCCUAGUUGGUGGCUUACCAGUUGUGUUGCUUGGAAACCUAAAAUGCACGAUGACGUCAUGCUGAAUGGCAUCUUUUAUAGUUUGUUUAUGGUUUGUUGCUAGGCAACUGCGGAUACCAAACUGAUAGAAAGAAAGAUUUAUGACCAAAAUGAAAUCACACUCUGCUUGUGAUCCUCACUCACAACAAAAUUAUAAACUCGCUUUGAUCACGGCCUGAUGGCGGCUCGCUCUGACAAAAUAAUAGUCUGCUAUCACAGCCAGUUUUACACUGCUCCCCACAAACUUUUGGAGAGGAGGUAUUGUUAAGAAUUUUUUUACAGGAAUUUUUCAUGAGCUGAACCUAAUACAUUGAAUUAAGUACAUGAAAAGUUCAGUGUCUGAAUCAAUAAUUGAUUCAGAUGCCCAACGCCUGGUUCAAACAGCUCAGCGUUCUUUUUGCCUAGCCACGCUGGGAAUUUAGCCUUUAGAGCGGCUUUAGAAUGGCUUUGAUUCAGAUGCUGAACUUUUCAUGUACCAAACCUAAUGCAUAAAUUAUUGUAACAAUUAUUUUGUAAGCAAAUUGAAUGAAAUGAGCAUUUUUCACCUUUUGAACUUGGUUCAGUUGCAAUUAAGAUCGGCGUCUGAAUCAAUUCAGCUGGUCCAAAUAAUCUGGGUUGGCCUUAAUUCGAAUUAGGUUCGGCUCAUGAAAAGUUCGCCAUCUAAACCGGGCCCAAGGCAUAAUAAUAACUAUUGAACUCAUUAUUUCAUCAUACUGCUUUUCAGGUUUUUGGGUUCAACUCAGAAAUAUUAUGAGGUUUUAUGUGGCUGCUGUUUUAGCCAGUCAAUGACACAUAGAUUUGUGCGGCAAACAGAGUCAUGUCAUCACGUUCCAAAGACUAUGACAUCUCUUACAAAGUCCUGCUCAUUGGAGAAUCUGGUGUUGGCAAGACCUCCCUGAUCAAAAGUUAUUCUAAACCAAAUGAAGCUUUUACUCCAUCCCUUUUGUCUACUGUUGGUAAGUGAAAGGUUUCUUGUGACUUCUUAUAAAACCAGGAACCGUAAAAUACAUGUAUUUGCAUCCUGUACCUGUGACAAAAAUGUGCUGCAUUAAAUGAUACCUUCUCAGCAACAGGUUUUGAAAGGUGAAGAUUAUUAAACAAUUAUUGGAUGAGGUUUUUGUGAUAUCCGGAAUAAUCAAGGUCGAGGUAAGUGUUAUCAGCCGAAGCGGAAGGCUGAGGCUGAUAACACUAACUGAGACUUUUAUCUUCAAGUAAUUUCUCAAUUUCUUGCUGAAGCAAAUCAAGAAGCCAUUCUUACUUUGCUGUCCACGAACUUGAUAUUGCUGUCGGUGCACUUGAUAUUGCUCUUGGAAAACAUGCAUUGCGCACGCAACCUACAGAUUAUUCACUAGUCUGUAGGUACAGAUUAGUGAAUAAUCUGUAGGUUGUGCUGUUUCCCAGAAUUAACUGUAGGCUUUUAGCCAAUGAGAAGACAGAUGGUGACUACAAUGUAUAAUAAUAAACAAUUAUUGGAUAACGUUUUUGUGAUAUCCAGAAUAAUCAAGGUUGGGGUAAGUGUUAUCAGCCCAGCCAAAGGCCAAGGCAGAAACCAUUUACCAAGAUUUUGAUUAUUAAGGAUAUCACAGAAACCGAUUCCUUUGUUUAAGAAAAUAACAACAAACACAUUGUAACAAGGAACUGAAUUGACAAUGGUUUUGGAAAUCGUGCAUUUUUAUAUUUUGCACGUGCAUGCAAACUACAGAUUAGUCAGUCAUCUGCUAGCAGAUAAGGAUCAUAACAAACUUAUCUUAGGUUGUGCUAUCUCCGAAAUCAACUGUAGACUCUUAGCCAAUGAGAAAACAGAUAGUAAGUGCAAUGUAUAAUAUUGAUAUGAAUAACAUACAUGUACUGGUAGAUUUUCCUGCCCAAGUUUCCAGUGAAAAGAGUCAGUGACCCAGCUGGGAUUGGCCCCUUUCUGUAUAAGCAGGUACAGUGUUGCCAAGCUGUGCAUUUUCUUGUUAUCCUUCCUCAAGUGUGAAAAUUUCCCCAACAUUAACAUGUCCAGACACUAUAGAGCCAUAUACAGUGUGUAUUCUCUCCUUAUGCAUCUAAUCUCCUAAGAGGUCAAAAUCUCUCCAUCUUCUGUUAAGGACUGUUCAUUUAACUUUUUAUGUUAGUGUGGCUAGAGAAAAGAAAGGGGGCUAUUUUGACUUGUUUUGCACAGCUUUUAUGAUACCCUAUUGAUGAAAACUUUCCAUAAGCAGACACCUUCUAUAAGAGACAUCUCACUGCGGCCUAUCAAUUUUACCAAAAACACUGCAUUUUUAAUCUUUCAUGAGCAGAAAACUCUUGUAAGCAGUCACAGAUGCCAUUUUCAAGUUCAUUUGAGCAUACAAUAAAACAAAUCCAGACAAAAAUCCAGUGCAACUCUUGAAGAAUGUACUUUAAAUGGUUGUGCCAGUGUAGUUCUGUCAUUAUAGACAGUGUACCUCAAAAGUUAACAGUAAAUCAAACCUUUUAUCUUGGCUCCUUGUAGCGCUUGAUAUUUAAUAAUAUUACUUAUCAUUAGGGGACUCCCUUCAUUUAAAAGUGUGCACCUGUGCCUGGUCCCAAGAAUAUUGUUGUAGGCAAAAUAUAUGUUCUCAGGUUAAACUAAUACCAUGCAAUCUUGAUUCAGAACUUUCUUUGUUUCCUAGUCAUAAUCAAGAAAGAAACGUACAUAUAAGAUAAGAAGAUAGGAUUAACUUUAUUUAGUCAUGAUAGCCUAAACCAACAUAAGCUGGUUCCAUUAACCCAAAACAUAUCUGACUAUUGAUAGGAGGUUAGGCUCAAAUAAGAAAAAAAUUGAACCAUACAAUGGAAGGCCAAAGAACUUUUACUUACAUAGUUUUAAACAGUUACUUUUUGUUAAGGAAAACUUGAAUAAACUGUCACACUCUUAGCUAAAAACUAAAACUAAACAAAAAGUAUUUUCAGGGAUUGAUUUUGCCAAUGUCAUAACCACUGUGGAUGGAGUGCGGGUCCGAUUACAGAUAUGGUAGGUACAUCUCUGCUGUGUUAGGUUAUUGCAAAUACUGAGAAAUUUAUUACCCUUUGGCUAUUGCUGAGGUUUCGAGGAUGGUUAACUCCGUCCUUCUAUGUCAGUAGUAGAAGACGGCCACGUUAUUAUAAAGAUGUGUUGUAGGUAAAAAAAAAAAAAUGGUACAUUUGGAAAAAUUUAGGCUAGUUUAUUUUCCAGAUUCCUUGACAUAAUAAUUAUGCAAAAUAAAGCAUCACAAAAUUUAAUGUCAAAUGGAUUGAAAAUUUUAAACACCUUCCCCAACCCUUCAUAACAAUUUUAACUAGGAAUUUCCGCUCCACAACCACUUUGAACUUCUUGGAGAUCACAGAGAGGUUUUGUAAGCCGGACUUGAUUGUUUAUGUAGUACACAAAAAAUUUUGAAGUUAGAAGAUUCUGAAGAUUAGGAAAUCAAAGAAACUAUUCUGACUAUUUCUUAAUUUCUCUUGAGGUAGCUUGCAUAUGUUUUCUUACAAUGAAACCAGAGCAUAUUGUUAACAACUGAUUGUUGUAACCAUAAUUUUAUGUGUUCUUUCCGAGCAAACUUUGAUAAUUUUAUUAGUUCUGUUUUUCUCCACAAUUCAGGGAUACAGCAGGGCAAGAAAGAUUUAGAACAUUAACUUCAUUGCAUUUUAGGGGGACAAAGGUAAGAAUUUUCACAUGAAAAACUCAGUAUUAUGAACAUGUUUAACCCACUCUUACCAAACUCACUAUUAUGAACAUGUUUAACCCACGUGUUUGGAACCAAAUUCCAUCUUGUCAUGGUUAAUUCUGCCAUGUUAAAAAAGCAACCAGUAUUUUCUCUGUACUUUUUCAUCGUACAAAUAUGACAUUGUGGGAGGGUGAAACACCUCACAACUGAGGUAACCUCUUGUAAAUGCAACACAACCUUGAAGUAGAUCAAUGAUGUGAAUGUCCUCAUGUUCUUUUCUACAUGUACCACAGGAUACAGCUCGCACUAAUUCAGAAUUUAUGCAGCUCUGUGAAUGUUCCUUGUGACUGGUUGUUCUACAAUACCAUACCAUAAUAAUGAUAAGACUGAUCAAAUAAUCCAAUAAGCACUCAUAAAGCUCUGCUGAAUUCAGGACACUGGUGAAUUUCUUGGGUAGGUGGCAAGGAGAUUACUUUAGACUUGUGUACCUCAGGUUUCCUGUGAGCCUCUGCUAUUUUGUUCUGCUCAAAAGAACAAGGUGCCCAGUCAGUCAAAUGCCAGAAUCACCCAGAUUUCAACAUCACUAUGAGAUGGCCAGCCCUCCUAAUGUGGGCUCUUUGAACAGAGCAUGAAUGCUUAGCAAGCCAGCUAUAAAGAGGACCCCAGAGUCAGGGACUUUGUCAUGCUUGGUGAACUUCAACAGUUCUCUGAGGCAGCUCAGGUGUAAGCAGUUAAGUUUUUGGCAUGAUGUUUAUAGACUGUCCAUGUCUCACAGGUACACAGUAGUGAGGACAGUACGACUGCCCUGUACACAUUUAGUGUCAUUGUCAAUUGGAUGCCUCUCUUUUCCCAAACACUUUCACAAAGUCAUUUGAAAGCAGAUCUUACCUUGGCACUGCAUGAAUUGGCGUCUUUGUUGAUGAUGGCAGGUCGAGAAAGUAUGCUGUGUAGGUACAUGAACUUGUCAAUAACCUUGAGGGUUUCCUCUUUGACAGUGAUGGCUGGUACUACAAACAUCUUCUACAGAACUGGCUGGUAUAGAACGCCAGUUUUCUUGGUAUUAAUUGAAAACCCAAAGUUGUUGCAAGUGGUAGAAAAUCAGUCGAUGCUCAGCUACAUCACGGUCUUAGUGGCAGCAUUAAGGGCACACAUGUGAUUAGACAGGUGGCUAUCUUCCAAACACUGAAUAAAGCGGUUGAGGAGGACUCUUGCAAGGAUCUUGCCAGUGAUGACUAGCAGUAAAAUCCCUUGGUGAUUGUCACAUAAUUACCUGUUCCCUUUUCUCUUGUAGAGAUAAACAAUGGAGGCAUCUUUGGGUUUCUGAGAAAUGACCUCCUACUGCCAAGUGGAUUGCAAAAGCUUGGUGAACUUAGAAAUAGGACUGGCCCUCCUUCCUUGAAGACUUCAGCAGAGAUGAAAUCUGGUCCACAUUCCUUUCCAUUGGAAAGGGAAUUGACCGCUUUCGGAAUGUCUGAUUCUAUGGUUGGCUCUGACAAGGAAUUGUUGAUCUCCUCUUGAGGUAACGUACAAUAGCUUGAACAUUGAUGGAAGAGGGCCUAUUUAGGACACUGUUGUAAUGUUCCACUCGUGUGACCAGGAUGGUAUUCUUCUCAGUGAGUAAGGAUGUCCUGUGAGCUCCAAAUAAUAGUGAUGUGCCAGAGGACUGAGGUCCAUAGAUGGUCUUCAGGGCAUCAUAGGAGCGUUAAAUGUUGUUGCUGUCCGUGUAGACAGUAGUGUUGAAUCUCAUUUUUUUGCUAAGCAGGUGUCCUGCUUCUCUCUGAGCUUUGUCUGUACUUGGUGGAAUAGUGGGCUGCCCUCUUGGAGGUAGAGCUGCUGUCUUGAUGAUGCCCUCUAAGUGCCACGCUUCUCAUCUAGCAGUUUUUAGAUUUCCUCAUCGUUCUCCUCAAACCAGUCUUGAUGUUUGCCUGUAUUCCUAUCAAGAUAAGUGAAUGUGGUGUGGUAAACUGUACCUCUGAGCCUUACCCUGUCUUUCUCUACUCCAUUUGCUCCUAAAUCGAGCUGGCUUAGCUUGUUGUCCUUGUCUUUGUCAUUCUAACUUGGUGGCUUUUUUGCAGCCUGUUCGUCGUUUUCCCAUGUGAGUGCUACCUGAGCAGGAUGUGCAUGUUGAGUUUUGAGAUUAGUCAUCAUGAGUUUAGCAGUCUGCGUCGCAAGUUGCUUUUCUCACUGUAACGUCCUGCCUAUCUCUUCUCCUGUCGAUAACAUAAACUGUGUUGGUAAUCAAAAGGUUUAAAAAAAAGAAAACAGGUCUUCAAAAGUAAUAGCCUAUUACCUUCGCAUUUUCCUCCUAAUGACUCCCUCACAGGUCUUGUAGUAAGUGCACACUCUAGCAUUUAAUUUAAAGUCUCCAGGAACAACGACUUUUUGUCCUCUUUUGGUAUGCCUUCAAUGAUGUUUUCCAAAUGCUCGUAGAAUUUAUCAUUGGUCUCCUGGAUUCAUCAUUGUUGGUGCAUAUGCACUGAUAAUGGUAGCGUGGAGUCAUGAGGUAAUCAUUGAAUCUUUUGGAAAGGUUGGUACGCUUACCGAUCGCAUCAUUUCUGAGAGCAAAACCCUCUCCCACUUCACGACGUUCUUCACUGUUGCGACCGCUCCAAAAAAGGUGUAGCCAGACGAAUUUUUAUUUGAUAACGUGUUCUCACUCAGUGCGGCGAUAUGAAUGUUGCACCUGCCGAGUUCUCUUGCAGUAAGUGCUGUCUGUCUCUCAGGUCAGUUUCGAUGCUGUCUAUGAGCAUACACACAUUCCAUGUGCCAAUGGUUAGUAAUGUCAAAUUUUUUUAAACUUGUAAUUUUGACUGCAUAGAUGGCAUCCCCUCCUACCUUGUUAAGCAAGCCAGGGUGGAGUGACAAGCCUAUGUUUGGGGUGUCUUUUCUUGCCCUUUCCUCAGGCCAUGGAGGUGAGCAGAGGGCUGAAGUGGACUGUUCAGACACCCAGGGGAUGCCGAACUGCAGUGCUACUUUAGUCUUGUAGAGAGCAACCUAGUACUGCAUGUGUGAAGGUUCUGUGACAAAAGCUUUCAGUUAAUUCACACCUGCCUCUUCGCCACUCCCCCAUCGCCACAGGACUUAAAUGGUUUGGGGGGAGGGUUAUGUCUUGAUUUGCCUGUGAAUAAGAUUCAAGUGGGGUAGAGUUUCACGAUGUUGUCAGCCUCAGUCUCUGGCUGUGAUCAUGAGUUAUCUGGGCCCAACAGCAGGACAUAAUCGAGACCACUGGAUAUAAAGAAGUAUGCAGUGGAUGCCCACCAGGUCUGAGUCUGUUCAGCUGUGCCCUUUGCAAUCCACAGCACCAGGAUGUUGACUGUUGGCUAACAACGAGCUCAUUCGCCGGUUUUGCAUUUCGUCCUCACGAGCAUAGAGCUGAUGAGGGAGCCGGGUUAGGUACUGACCACUCAUCCAUGCCAUACGAUACGAUACGAUACGAUACGAUACAUUCACAUUUCAAACGUACAAAGCAAAUAUUUUGAAACAUAUAAAUUUGUUACAGGGUUCAGAAAUAAGUUAAAUAUAUGUACAUAGUAAAAACUCAAGUUACAAAUAAUAAAUACAAGUUACAGUUCUAAUAAGGAAAUGCCUAGUGUAAAUGCCAGUAUGAUUUUCGAGUUAGACACUAGUCACUUAAUGAUACCUGUAAACGUAAAUGUUGGUACACAAACAAGAAGAUGAAGCCAGGAGUAAGUACGUAUAGAAAACGGAAAGAAAAAUAUAAAUAGGCAACCCGCCCAAUUUAUGUGAAAAUAAUACAUUGUCGAUGAGUUGCCAUCGGUCAGUCCAAAAAUUGUUGUAAAAGAAGAUAUUAACUAUUGAUAUUCUGUUAGUUAGCAUCUCAAAGGAUAUGAUCGGUUUAACCAAUCAUUGUUUCAUUACAGGGCAUAUUGCUAGUGUAUGACAUCACAAAUAUUGGCUCUUUUGAUCAACUUCAGUACUGGGUGAAUGCAAUGAAUAAGGUAUAUGUUGAUUAAGUACCCCUUACCUCCUCAAGCACGAAAAAAUAAUAAUUUAGUUGGCGCACACUCUUCACAGCCAAAUCAUUCCAUCAGGGCAGAAUCUUGGAAGGUCUAAUGAUUCAACAACUGAGGCCUAUUGUAUCUUGAAUAGGCAAAUUAACUCCUACCUUGCGAAACUUUUCCCAUCGGCAUAAAUUACCCAUCAAGGAUAUAAAAGAUGUAAUUAGCGGAUGGUAUUUUCUUACCGUGAUGAUGAGAUGGUGUCGGAAAUUUUUGGAUUUUAUCUGUUUAAAUAUAUAUUUUUAGCCUUGUAAAUAGCUCACUUACAGCAAGGAGCCCAAAAGUGUGACCUCUUUAAUUAACUCACAUUCUUUCAUGCAGACAUUAACCAAUCAGAAGUCGAGGACAGUUUUCAGCUGGCUUCUGAUUGGAUUAAAUCUGUACAAAAGAAUGUGAAUAAAUCAAAAGCGGUCACACUUUUGGGCUCCUUGCAGUAAUGAUAAUAGUAGUUAUAAUAAUUAUAGUUAUAAUAAUAAUAGUGAUAGCGAUAAGUAUGUGUAAUCAAAUGGUGCCUAAAGGCUCGGGAAAUUAUUAGGGUUUGGACAAAACGCGCAUGAGAUUAUUCGCUAAUUUCACGCGUAUACCAUUUGAUUACCUGUUAACAUCAUGGGUGACGAAUUACGUUAGCAAUCGCGAAUUUUUGAUGUGUUUAUCCUGGAUCGUAUCGAUCGAGAACUCCACUCUCUCAAAUGCUUAGACUUUAAUGUCUUAAGUUCAGAAUUUUCAGAAUUUUUCGACAAAAUACCUAUUAGAAUCCUUCUUGAUGUGCUGUUUCGUGUGUUCAGGUUUUCUGAAGUGUCUUCUUGUGCCCUGACAUAUUCUGUCACGGCAUUUUAAAACUUCGUCGCCAUCUUGACACUGAGACGUACGGAAAAACUAACGCUGAAAUUUUGCGCCAAAAUUAAGGAGUAAUUCGUCACCUAUGAUAUUAUGUUGAAAAUCGUGAGUAGAAAGGAGACAAGUAUUAGGAUCAAUCAAGAACGGUUACCGCAAUACUAUUUAUUUGUCGUUUAAUGUUACAGCAUGAUCUCAUGUAUGAAGAAGUUGUUAUAGUUGGCAACAAGUCUGAUUUUGAGAAACGUAGAUGGCAGGUAGACACUCAAGCUGGGCAGGAGGUAAGCGCAGCAAAAUUCACUUUUACAGGACGUGGUUCAAAAAGUCGAUAAUUCUUUUACUGUAACUCUCAGUCGGUAUGCGCGCUUUAGUCUAUUCGGGCGGCUGAAAAUUUCGCUGUACGGAACGCUCACUUCAGAAGUUUUCUGUCAAAAUUCGUUACAGGAAAACAGUUUUUGCAGUUUUGGACUACGUGUUUGUUACGAGUUAAAUGUUUUUUUGCCGACUAAAAGCCACCCUGUCAGAAGCCAAUAAAAGUUACCCGUGAAUAGGAUUUGGCCCGAGUAAACCGUCAAUAGCCAUUCCGCUUGAAUUGAAAGCUUGCCCUCUCUACUUAAACUCAAAGAUGUAAUAACUAUCUUGAGAACCUUGUUUUCUCGGUGUGAAAUGUAAGUGGCGGCACCUCUUUAUGUCCAGUCAAUUCCGGGAGUAACGUGGUGAAUCCAAAUAUUAUGCGUAUAUACUUGCAGAUUGCUUAGAGAGGUACUAGACUAUUGCUUAGUCAGAUUGCAGAUUAGUAUAUGUGCCAAAUACGGAAACCGGUCGUUUCGGUAUGAAUUUAAGCAAUGAGACUGCACAACAAUUUCGAACACAUGAAGCAGUAUCCCUCUGCCUAUCAAUGGCAGUUAUAUAAUAGCCGUUGAAACUGAAACCUCAUGAUCAUGAAAUGGCCCCAAAUCGACCCGAAACCAGCAGAAAACGAAAAAAGACAAACAAGUGACUUAAGGUAAGCGAUAUUUAUUGAAAAACUAAACAAUAAUCGUAACGUUAUUUAUUUUACCAUGAGAAUCGCAUAUUUUUGGCAAAUCCUAUUAUUUUCGUUUUUGCGAAAUAGACUGAUAGAGCCUGGGCUACCUGUGCUGCAAUAUAUUGUUUUUUCUUCACACAGUUUGCGAGGCAGUUGGGUUUGAAGUUUUAUGAAACAAGUGCAAAAUCAAAAGAAAACGUUCAAGAGGUAAAUAUUAAUUAUUCGUUUGUUUGUUUUCAAGUUGUUCAGCUGACUCCAUAUUUAGCGGACCCCCCGUACGCAGAGAGCUUCGUACGUGUUUAAAAAAAUGGAGUUCUGUAAGAGCAUUUAUUAGCAGCUUUUCUUUUAAAAGAUUAUCUGUUUCUGUGGAAGCAAACGUGAUAUAUCGGUAUCUUAUAAAUGUGAAAAUAUAAAAUUAUGCACACUACAUGUGCCUACCACCUGACCAGCAGAAAUCGGAAACGAUCUUUGAGAAAGUCUACCCUUCCCUCUUACUAUUCAACUUUUCAAUGACUUUGGGAAACUACCCACCUAACCUACCCCUGCUUUAACUGAACACUUUACCGCAAGUAGGAAGUAGGUGCUGAUGUUGGGUUGGGGGAGAGGUAGGUGGGCAUCUCAGUUCCUCAUUUUCUAAAAUCAGUGCAAGUCUUUGGGAAACUACCCACCACAUCAGUGGGACGUUCAUUUACGGUAUAAAACGUGCAUGGCAUCAAUGUUUGACUCUGGCUCAUCCGCUCUUAAGUGACAAUUGCCAACGACUGCUGAAUUGGUUAUUUUCGGAACAUUUGGCAGAGAUUUUAAAUCUACUUGUACUUCAUUCACGUGUGAGUGGUAAACAUGAGACGUCUACGCUUAACUUUUACUUAUAGGUGUUUGAAGAGCUGGCGAAAAGCAUGAAGUAUGCAAAUCACCCUAACCUAGUAAGUUGAAAAUCCUUCACACUAUUUCCAGUUUCGUGUAUAUUAUGUUUCUUUGAGUAUUUAUUUAAAGAAAGAAACACCGAAAUAAAUGCCUCUCUAAACUGUCAAAAUAUCAAUAACUGACACCUUUGAAUACGCCCAGUACCGCUCAAAUAAAAUUAUUGCUUUUUGAAGCACGUGAAAUAAGAAAGAUGUUCUUUGAAGACUACAGCCGAUGAUUAUGAAAUUCGCUUCCACUUAUGAAUUAGUUUUUUUCUCCUUUCUAUUUUAUGAAAUAACGUACUACUUUGUCAUAAGUAGAAUUAUCGUGUAAUAGCCGCGGAAUAUGUUUCGACAAAAAAUAUGUGACAAAAACGCUUGUUAACACACCUUGAAGUCACGAAAACUUCCUUUGUUUGCCACAAAGACAGCGUAUACUAUAGAGCGACCUUGAAAUGAAAAUGCGGGAACAAAACAGAAACAACAAACGAACGGAAAUGGAGCGAUUUGAUUGGUUUAUCGAAGGGAUACAAACGGGCGUGGCUUUUGGUUGGUUUAGUGAAUACUCUGGUGAAAAAACGUAAUGCCUGAGAACUUUCUAGAAAUCAACCGAUACUUCGCCUUCACGUCAUACUGCAACACGACUGGUCAAUCGAACAAUGCCUUCUCAAUAUUAGGGUUUUCUUAGGCGGGAAAACGAAGAAUCCAUGUUUUGAUCUUUUCAUCCAUUGGCUGAUAAAACAAAUAACGAACACUUACCGAAACCAUUUUUCAAAUUCAUACGAAAAUCGUUCUACUACAUUAAAAGCGAUUACAAACCAAAGCCCCGUUUAUAUGGAGAAAAGCUGUCCUGGGUAGAAGGGUCACUCGCCUACCCGAGCCACCCUUGGCAAGUCAACUUUUCAUACAUUUCCUUACCGCUUUUUUGACGUGGUCAUCCGAGCCAUGUGGCUGAGGUCUAGCCGUUUUUAAAAAGGACAAAGAUAGUACUAGACCCUGGUUGGGAACGAACCCUCAACCUUCCGCUCUGCAGGGCACUGCUCUGCCGACGGAGCUUAUUCUAGCCUGCGAGGCAGGCUUCGAAAUAAGUAAGGGAGGAAAGGGAAAGCGAAAAAGGGACUAGCUCUUUUUUCUCCCCCUACCCCUCCCGCUACACAUUUUGCCCCCUGCCACUUAGGCUAAGGUAAUUCCGUCUUCAUUUCACUUGUCCUGCACGAAGUGAAUUUUGCUGAUUUAUCUUUGCCACGAAUGGUAUUUACAUACACUUUUUAAAAUUCCUAGGUGUUGGAUGGAGAUCAUGGGGAUUUUGAUUUUGUAGACGGCUUUACACUACGGUCAUAUGACUUCCCAGAGCGGGCAAAGAAUUCCCAUAACUGCUGCAAAGUCAAAUAGUUUCACCAUGGAGAUAAGAGGACGUUGUCUAAUUAGUAUUUCUAUGUCUAUGCUCGUGAAAAUAGGUUCUUGUUCAUUUCUUUUACUGU